UAAUAUAAUAUAUUGCUGUUACUGUGAACAGAAAUCAGGUGGGUAUAUACAAUGUAAGGCAAUGUUGAGCAGCAAUGCAAAAAAAAAGAGCGAGUGUGCAAUUAUUCUUUAUGUAAUUACAGUAAUAUUAGUUGGUAACUCUUUUAUAUCUCUGCUCAGAUCUUUAUGUGAAUAGAAGAGAGCCUUUGCCACAUGAAUUCCUCUUUUCUUUGAGACCGUUUCAUGGAGCUUGUGUAACACACACAGACACAUCUACGCUCACUCGGACCCGUGCCCACUUUCUAGAAGCAGGCCUCAUAGUUGAGCAAUAAUGAUGACUUAAAGCUUUCUCGGCUGUAAACACGAAGCCCUUUUGAUAGCGGAUUAUCAGAUAAAAGCUGGUUUAAUAGAUGCUGAAAACAGAAACGAGGGGAGUGAGAGAGCAAUGUGCAGCUGUGUGCCAUUUGGGCUGAUGAUUCAGGACUUUUUUCUCUAUGGCCUGGAUCAGAAUCUUGGCAGCAUCUCAAAAGUAGCAAAUCCAGUGCAACAACAAAACUGUUGAUUCCACAAGCACAUGGCGGUGGUUUAUAAAACGGGCAAGACCGACUUUGCAUCGGUUAUCACCUGAGAAAGACCUCACUCUACAAUCAGGAUGAGUAAGAUCAUAUUUUACGAGGAUAAGAACUUUCAGGGCCGCUCAUAUGAGUGUGAGACUGAUUGCCCGGACAUGCAGCCCCACUUUGCCCGCUGCAACUCCAUCCGAGUGGACAGCGGAUGCUGGGUUCUGUACGAGAAACCCAAUUAUAAAGGAUACCAGUACGUAUUGACUCAUGGGGAAUAUCCUGAAUACCAACGCUGGAUGGGCUACAACGACUCAAUUCGUUCUUGCAGGACCUUCUCUUAUAGCCGUGGAGGGCAGUACCGUAUGCGCAUCUAUGAGCGUCCUGAUUUCCAGGGCCAGAUGAUGGAGUUCAGUGACGACUGCGAGUCCGUGCAAGAGCGCUUCCGCCAAAGGGACAUCUACUCCUGCAAAGUGAUGGAUGGUUACUGGACCAUGUAUGAGCAUCCCAGUUACAGGGGACGGCAAUACUUCAUGUGUCCUGGCGAGUACCGGAAGUUCAGCGACUGGGGUGCAGCGUGCGCCACCACCGGCUCCUUCCGCAGGAUAACUGAGUUCUAAAUGAACAGCAAUCUUUCUGUCCAUGUUAUAAAACUUCACCAUUAAAUAAAAAGAGUACAAAUAAAAAA